AGGAGGAAGGGUACCAAUGACCCGGUCUCUGUGUUUGUCUACGACAUCAAGCCAAACGCUGAUGAGCAGACCCAGGUGGCGAAAGCGGCGUUUAAGCGGCUGAAAACCCUUCGACACCCCAACAUCUUAUCCUUCACCGACGGGUUAGAGGCAGAGAAAUGUCUGUACAUCGUGACUGAGCCGGUCACUCCGCUUGGCACCUACUUGAAAACCAAGGAGGCGACGGGAGAACUGAACGAGCAGGAGAUCUCGUGGGGGCUGCAUCAGGUUGUGAAAGCCCUGAGUUUCCUGGUGAACGACUGCGGGCUGAUCCACAACAAUGUGUGCGCGGCUGCGGUUUACGUGGACCGGGCGGGCGAGUGGAAGCUGGGCGGCCUGGACUACAUGUACGCCGCACGCGGAGAGACGCCGCUGCCCUCGAAGGGCUUCCCGGAGCUCGACAAGUACGACCCACCGGAGGGGACCGAGCCUGGCAAAGGCAGCACCGAGAAAUGGUAACCAUCUGAAAGGGUCC